CUAUCUGCCCGAGUAGAAGAUCUCGCUGUGCACUGGCGGGUCGUGCUCCAGUCGGUGCCGCUCAUACAGAUGGCCGGCACCGGGGAGGGGCGGGUUGACAUCCAGCCGGAAGCCGGGCGUGUCCUUGAUGGCCCGCACCUCACCAUUCCCAUGGCGGAAGAUCUGGAGGCGGCUGCUCUUGCCGAAGUCCACGUGGCGGCCGACCAUCAUGAACUGCGCCAACACACGAGCUACCGAUCCAUACGCCUACACGACACCACACAGACAGAGAGAGAGAGAGAGAGAGAGGAAUGACUGAGGCCUCCCUGUUCUCCCGCCCCUGUGUGUGUGCGUGCCUUACCGCCUUGUUGGCGUGUGUGUUGAUGUCAUCUGUCGUGAGGUUGAGGGGCAGCGUGCAGUAGCGGCACUGGCUGGCCCACUGCAGCACCUCUCGCAUCUCUUCCCACCGCCCGCCCUCCUCGGCUAUCCACACCGCCGCCAUGAGCUCACCCAUCCCCAGAGAUGGGUCGAACUGCACCAGCUGCAGAUGCUGAGUGUUGAUGCCAUCUCCGUCACGGCUCAGUGAGUUGGCGAGGCGGGUGCGCAGCUCAGCUAUGGUGAAGGCAGCCCGGAUGCGCCGCGAUGUGGCCCUCAGGCGGGCAACCGUGACGAUGUCGGGCAGAUGGCCUCGGCUGCCAACGAACAAGUAGCUGACGGGAUGCUCCUGGGCGGACAGAAAGAUAUGGACUGCAUGGCGCCAGCAAGGGGUUCCUGUUGGGUUGGGUUUGCCUCACCUGUCCAUCAGACGUGUGCUGGCCAGAGGGUGAUGUGUCAUCAUGCGGCGACCGGGACACCACUCGAGGCGACACGAAAGACGACCGGCCUCUGCUGUGGCUGCCGCUCUUGUUGAGAGCACGUGGCGCGAUGAUCUUGUUGUGGUGGUUGCCCUCUGUCAUCUCCGCCGGCCCCUUCUCGACCUCGCGAGGCAGCACUGAGGUCAUCUUAGUGGUGAAGAAGGGGCAUGACGUCGUCCACUCGCACAGCGGCUCACUCGUCAGACCGCCGACACCCUGACAGACAGACAGACAGACAGACAGACACACAGACAGACAAGGGGAGUGAGAGCAAUGAAUCCCGAGAGCCAUGUCUGUCAGUGCAUUUCACACACUGACCUCCUGAAGCUGUUGCUGGCCUUUGCUCUCUCCUCCUUGCCCAAGGUCCCCCGACACACCACCUGCACACACACACACAGACGGCUCUUGGUGCAUCUUAUGGGUCGCCGUGUCAUCCCUCUGUCGUCUCAUACCCCGGCCACCAGCAGCAGACACAGCACUAGCAGUAGCGGCAAGGAAAGAGGGCACCGAGGAGCCAUCCGCCCUCACAGCAGCAUGGGC